AUGAUUUUCGUCAUAGGUGCCUUUUAAUAAUGUAAAGUUACCAUAAUAAAAUCGGAUUGAAAUAUUGAAUAUUAGCAAGGCCUUAUUCAAGAAAUGUAACUCUAUAUAAACUAAUGAAAUUAUGUGCAAGACUGUGUUGUUAAUGCAUUUGAAGGAAUUAGCUUAGCUUGUGAGAACAGAGUUGGUUGUUGCUUCUCAGUUAAAAGGUCAAUUUAUUAUUCAAAAAUUCUUAUGCAUGAACUUGUUUAUCUUGUAACAAUAGGCCUACUUUCAGGCAGACAUAAAAAAGAUUGUGUACAUGCGUACAUGAUAUGCAGCUGUAGGGUGUGUACUUCCAGGUCAACUAGUUUCACUACAAACAGGAUUUGCGUUGCUGUCUGCCUGAACAAAAACAAGAGUAAAGGACAAACAUUCAGUGCAGUAAACAGACAGAAGAAAUGGCAAGUGAAUCAGAUUUUAGCAGAAACCGAGACAAGUCUGGAUCCUGCGCUGGACUAAACGUCAGCGUUGCAGCUCAAAGUCGAAGCAAUAUUACAGCACCUGUACUCAGUAACAAUACAAUAACAGGCAACGUCCACAUCAUACAUAAUGCACCUGGUUUAUCUUGGCAUCACCUGGAUUCUGAUAGAAGACCAACCUCAGAGACCAGAGUGUUGAUUUCCAAACAUAAGGCUCGGAUCUGCAGUGAAUACCAGUAUGUGACCGAGUAUAACUCCCUGCCUGGUGAACAUGUGCUGCUGUCUGAACGCUUCACUCAGCCUCUGAUCAUUCAGAGACACAGAGAUCAACAAGAGAGAGAAGAAGAGAUCCGCUCCGGUGGAGAAAACCUCCAGCAGGUCCUCAGCUCCAGAAGCAGUCAAGACGCCGACAAUCUGAACUCUCUGUUCAACCCUGAUGGCCACGGGAUCCGUCCUAGUGCUGUUAUACUGCAGGGAAAUUCAGGCAAUGGAAAAUCCUUCGCUGUGCAGAAGAUCAUGCUGGACUGGGCAUCUGAUAAACUCUACAAAGAGCGCUUUGAUGUUGUUUUCCACCUUAAAUGUAAGGAUAUAAAUCACAUUCCUGGCACAAAGAGUUUGGCGGAGAUCUUGAGCUACAGCUGCAGUUUAACAUCAGAUGAGAUUUCACAAAUAUUACUACAGCAUUCACUAGAGAAGGUGCUUUUCAUUGUUGAUGGAUUUGAUGAGUUGAGAAUCACGCAGGACUUCUGUCUUAUGCCCCCGAACACUGAUCUGCGUCAUGAAGGCCCAGCUGAGUUCAGACUCCGUGCCCUGCUGAAGGGUUACAUCUUACCCGAAUCCUCUUUACUGGUCACCACCAGAUCUACAGCUGCGGACACACUGACUAACCUGCUCAAGUUUCCGCAGAGGUUCUCAGAGAUCAUGGGUUUCUCUGAAAAGGGGGUGAAGGAGUAUUUCCAGAAGUUCUUCCAGGAUGAGGAACUCUUCAUAAAGGCUUAUGAAUAUGUGAGAUCAAACGAAACCCUGAUCACCGCCUGCUCCAUCCCUGUCAUCUGCUGGAUCAUCUGCACAGUCCUGCGAGAGCGCUUCAGUAAGGGUUCAGAUUUAACAAGCGGUCUGGAAACCACCACCUCCAUCUAUGUUGACUUUGUGUGCACUUUACUGGAGCAUCACAGCCAGGGUUUGAGUCAGCCUGUGCCGACUCUCCUGAGGAGUCUGGGUCAGCUGGCUGAGAGAGGGAUGCUGGACACACAAGUGCUGUUUGAAGAGAAAAGUGUGAAUGAAAUGGUAUCAGACCCUGCUGGCAAUCCAUUUCUUUGUAAGCUUCUCUUUAAGAGAAGGAUUCACCAGGAGACAAUGUUCAGCUUCAUGCAUCUCAGCUUUCAGGAGUUCUUCACCGCUCUUUACUGUGUGCUUCUGGAUGAAAAACCAUUUCAGAAGAAACUUACACAGCUCAAAGAUCUCAAAUCCAUUUAUUCUCCACCACGUUAUGCAGCGGUGCUUCAGUUCAUCUGUGGUCUGCUAAACAAAGAUGUGGGACGAGCACUUAAUAGGAAAAACGUUUUUAUUCAUCCAAAAAUACAGGAAUAUCUGAAGAAAUGGAUCUUAGAAGACAUUAGAAGUUCUUCUAGUGCAAGAGCUCUGUUUGUGUUUAACUGUCUCUAUGAGCUCCAUGAAGACAGCUUUGUGAAAGUAGUCAUGGAGCAAACGGAGAAGAUUGACCUGUAUGCUAUAGUUCUCAGGAAAACAGACCUCUGGGCCCUGCUGUACUGUUGUCAGUGCUGUCAGUGCCUGAAUGAACUGCAAAUGGGUGAAGCUGAACUAACAUCUAAAAAGCUGUACAUGAUUCUGCCUAUAAUGCCCAAGUUUAAGUCAGUGAGGUUGUUUCCAGUAGAUCUGGAUAAUUUCAUUCUUGCUGAUUUGAUGUGUGUCCUUACGAGAAGACAGACCCUGAGCUCACAGAGUGUUUACGUCUACAGCUAUUCUGGUGGUAACCCAGCGAAUACACUCUAUUUGACAAUUAGCAAAGAAGAGUUCUGGUUUUCAAUAAGCACAAUGCUGGGCCUGGAGGACCACAAAGAGCUGCAUUCUUUUAGUCUCACUUUUCAACACUUUAAUGCACUAAUCCACUUUGACUGGAGAAACAUCUUUCAAAUAGUCUACCGAGGGAAUGUGGAUGUCCUGAUGACUGCCCUUCAUUUACUGUCUGGACUGCAGAAAAUGGAGCUGCGUUUGGGAAACAUGACUAAGCGAUGGGCCAAUCGUAUCCUCUCUUUCAGCCAGACUUACACUGGCCUACAGGAAAUGAGUGUUCAUGCUGAGAUGUUACUGGAGGAAGGAAUCAAAGUCCUACAGAAGUCUCGCUCAAAUCCAGGUUGCACUGUGACAUUUACAGGGAAGAUGCGCAAUAAAGAGAUCAAACACAGAGAGAGCAUCAACCAGGUGAAAUUCCGUCUGAGUGCCCGAGGAUGUUUCAUGGAGACUUUGUAAAGCUGGCUCUUGUUUUUUGGACUAAUCUACUGAGCAGCAGCUGAACAUUUUGUCUGACACCAGAUGACCUCUCUGCUGUUAUAAUUGACGGAAGUCUGACUCAAAACUACAGGUGUUUUUUAAAUCCUAACAUCAACCUCAUGAAGGAAACCUCAGCCUGAAGCUUCUGUAGUUUGAGCCUUUUGGAAAACACUUACAUCUUGUUAAGGCAGAGCGUUCUCAUUUAUGGCUCCAAACUCUGGAACAGCCUUCCUGAUAAUGUCCUAGUCUCAGACACACUCUUGCAAUUCCAAACUAGAUCAAAGAUCUAUCAUUGUAGUAAAGCAUACAUUCCCCACAGUCCAAACACAUGCAUUAUAGGUGAAUUGAACAAACUAAACUGGCCGUAUAGUACGAGUUUCCCAGUACUGGGUUACAGCUGGAUAAGUUGGCGGUUCAUUCCACUGUGGUGACCCCUGAUGAAUAAAGGGGCUAAGCCAAAUGAAAAUGAGUGAAUGAAUAGGAACUUUAUUUGUUUAACUAGUAAAUAAAAGCUUUUAAUUUAUAAUGGUACUAAUAACUUUAACUUGUCUGAAAUUGAUUGAAAUGCAAUAUUGUGCACAUUUUGUAAAGCUGCUUUGAAACAUUUUCAAAAUUAUGGUGAGAAACACUAUACACAAACUUGAAGAAUCGAGGCUAUUAAAACACGAGUGUUGUCAGUCUAUUCUGCUUUCAAUGCAAAUUUUUACAACAUACGUGCACGCACACACACAAGAUGCAUUUUUUUAAACCUUUGUGUGCCUUUGAUGUACCGUUUGAUGCUUCUUACGUCCUUGUCGCAGCACCAGUGGCAACAAAAUUAGGCACUGAAAUUCAUAUGCCUUCAGUGACCCUGCUUGUGAGACUGUUCUCACUCAGCUCACAUCAUUCAAAA